AUAUCAACCAAGAGAAUCAUAACAAGAUGGGAUCCUUUGGCAAACCCCUUUUGUUUCUCCUUUUUGUCAUGGCUACCUGUGAUCCUGCUACAUCCACAAACUCAAACUCUACCACACAGACAUUAUUAUUAGGAGAACGGAACGGCUCUGUCGAUUAUUUGUUAUUGCACACCGUACAUGUGCGUAUAGUCAACAAGCUUGGUCACAACUUACCUCUCAGUGUUCAUUGCAAAUCCAGAGAUGACGAUCUUCAGGUUCAUGUCAUUAACUAUGAUAAAAGUUUUGGGUUUCACUUCCGUCCUAAUUUUUGGGGCACAACGUUGUUCUUCUGUCACUUUUCAUGGAGUGGGGGACAAGGGACCUAUGAUAUCUAUAAGGAUAGGAGGGAUAAUGAUAGGUGCACAUUUCACUGUGAUUGGUAUGCCACCAAAGAAGGUUUAGAAGGCUAUACAGAAGAGAGUUCGUUUUUAGGCAGGCCACACAAGCGAGACAUAUUGUUCCAGUGGGAAAAUCCAUGACUACAAAACUUUCUAAGAGUGGAGAAAUAAAGGAUGUUAAAUUAUGUGAUCACAAAAUCCAUCAUCCAUGCCAAUAAAUAUCUCAUGUUUACAUGUGUUGUAUGUUUCAAAUAUUUAAUAUAAUUUCAAAUAUAAAUAAAUAAAUAAAAUAUCCUGUUACUUAUA